ACAUCCAGGUGGCCAGAGGCGAAGAGGUCAGACGUCAGUCAAAACGGGGUGAGGGCCGAUGCCAAACCCCUGCUUGGCAGUGUGGGCAGGUGUGCCCACGCUGAAACCGGGAAGUUGAAGCAGAGAGAAAGUAUUUAUUAAUGGUGAGAGUGUGUGUACAUGCCUGUGUGUGUGUGUGUGUGUGUGUGUGUUUAUGUGUGUACAUGCCUGUGUGUGUGGUGAGCAUGGCGUGGGUGUGACUAAACUGGAAGGGACAUGUCUAUUGAUGAGUCACUCAUGCUCCUAGUUUUUGGAAAAACAAGUCUGGGAAUAGGCAGAGUAGUGUCUGUCUGUCUGUGUGUGUGUGUGUGUGUGUGUGUGUGUGUGUGCUUGAGAGGGAGAGCAUGAGAUCUUGUGUUUGGCUUGGGAGAAUUUUCCCUCUUUUGCUCCUACAAGAGAGCAUCCUUUCCAUGAACCCAUUAUGUCAACAUAUUUUACUGAAAGAACACGACAAACUGACAAGACAGUGAUGUGUGGACAUAAGAGACAGAUGCGAAACCCUAAUCUCUUGCCUAGAUGACUGACACACUGACUAAACGUGUGUGUGUUUGGAUUUUGAAUCAUCAAGGGGAAAUUAUGUAUGUCAGGUGCAGUCCUUUGGCUGACGCAGGUGUGUCAUCUUGAGUGUGUCUUGGGUGCAUGGCAGUGUGUUUGACCUUUCACUCGCUGACCUUGCUCACACAUGCUCACACAUGCUCUGAAGAGUAAACCACUGCCACUCACCUCUGGACAAAAGCGAGACAGCUGGAGCUAGAUUAGACAGGUGGUGGACAGACCUGCCCAGUCAGAUUGAGCCGUCUGACUUGGGCAUGCAUCUGUGGAAAACAGCAUGGUUAAAAAAGAGACCAAAGAUGGCAAGAGAUUGCAGUCAUCAUCCUGAGUUAUGACACGUUAUUGCACGGAAGUGCAUUCAGAUUCAGUGGACUGGCAGACAGAGCCAAUAGGAGUGGGCUACUUUAUCAUCGUCUUUCUUCUCAAGUAUUUUUAUACAGAGUGGGGGAGGAAAUUCCUGGUUGUUUUCUAUGGCGGUUCCUGUAUUAAUGUAGCUCGCACAGGCCAGCUGAGUAUAUUUAUCUUGCCCUUCACAAAGCAGUGGCCGGACAGACAUAUGUGUAUAAAAACGACUUUAAAGCAUCAAUAAUAUUUUUAUUCAAACAUAAAUAAAUAAACACCAAACGCCAGGUCCUCUUUGGAAUGUAGUAAUUCAACAUUUUUAUGAAUGAGUGCAUUCAUGUUUGACCACGCCCCAAAUCCUUGCUAGCCGUCUUGGACAUCCAACGCCCGCCCUUCCCCACCCCCUUUGGAAUGCCCUGGCCACACGCCCGCAUCUUAAUUGGCCAGACGAUUCUAGGUAGGCGGAGCUGCAGUAAAACGACAUGAUCACAAUAUAUAGCAGAGGUCAGAAUUCAAUCUAUGAAGUUUCAAGUAUUGAGUUGUCCAACGAAGUUCAGCUAACUGUUACACCUGAAGCAUCCAGCUACUGAGCAACAUUUUUUUUCCAUUUCUAGUCUUACUGUAGCCAUACUGGAUUUGUGGAUUACUGUACCUCCGAGGAAUACAACCAUUUAUCUUACUUCUUUCAUCCCUUUUGCCAUCUUUGAAGAAACGACUUGUAACAUUUGGGCUAUUGACUCCCUGGCAGAAUGAGGACGUCUGUGGCACUUCUUGCGUUCAUUUUGGCGAUCUUUGCCACGGUGUGUAACCUCUAUUUACAAAUGUUUUGUUAUUUUUCCGAUGUACUGUCUGUAAAAUAGACACUUGUGUAGAUGCAGCGGCUAUUUGUUGACACUAGCCCUUAAGUAACAGGUUUCUGACAAGUUCACUUAAAUGGCAAUUCAGUUCUUAUCGUCUUCUUUUGCGUCUUCUUUCAUGUGCACCUGCGAGCAAAUGGUGACGCACUGAGUUUUUAUUCUUCAAAUUAUGCUUACAUUUACACCAGCUAUUUUGAAAUGUCAGCUGGACCAAAUUGUUUAUGUUUUUUAUAUUUAUUUAGUCUGUGGGACAAAAGGGCAGAUAUUUUAUAUUGAUAUUAAGAUGCGCAAAUUGUUUGGACUUUUUUAGUGAUGGUCUCAGCAGCUCAUCCUUUACGAGUUAAUGAUUUCAAACAAUUGAAACUGACAUACAUUCAGCCCUCAAAAUAGACAGAGCGCGCUGCGCGGAAACAAUUUAGACCCCUCAAAUCUCCCACCGCAACGUCCCCACCUCCAUGCUUAUACAAUGGCUUUGCAGGAGCGGGAUGGUCCAACUGUGGAGGCUCGCCGAAAUCCUGUGAUCUUAGCGCCAUCUGAAACGGCCUGGGAGGAGCCUUGGAGUUCCAUUGAUUUUUGUCUUUCAUCCUCUCUCAUGUCUCAGAUGCCAAAAAGCUCACCCGGAGAGGUUUUGAAAUAACUCGCAGGCUAUGAGGCGGCGCUCACAGUACUUCACAAAGGUUCGUGCUGGAUGCCCUGCUGUGUGUGAGUGCCCGGCAACACGCCCCUCAUGCCCCCCUGGCGUGAGCAUGGUGCGCGACGCCUGUGGCUGUUGCAAGGUAUGCGCCGCCCAGCUCAACCAGGACUGCCACGCCAUGCAACCCUGCGACCACCACAAGGGCCUGGAGUGCAACUAUGGCAACGACGUGGGCAGCACCCACGGCAUCUGCAGGGCUAAACUAGAGGGCCGCUCGUGCGAGUACAACGGCCGGAUGUACCAGAACGGGGAGAACUUCCGUGCCGGCUGCAAGCACCAGUGCACGUGUGUGGACGGGGCCGUGGGCUGCGUGCCCCUCUGCCCCACUCACCUGCCCCUGGCCUCGCCCUCGUGCCCAGCCCCGCGCCUCGUCAGGGUGCCCGGCCAGUGCUGCCCGAGCCUGGACUGCCACAAGAGCUCGUCGGCGCUGCCCCCUGUGGUCAGGAAGCCUGAUCCACCCCCUCUCUUCUUCCAGGACCUCCUGCCCUACCCCAAGCCUUACCCAGAGCCCUCUUACCCCAAGCCUUACCCAGAGCCCUCUUACCCCAAGCAGUACUUCAAGCGCUUCCCGCACAAGGCCAAGGACACCCUGAGCAACGAGCUGAUGGAGGAGGGGAAGAGGUGGGACAAGCCACACAGUCACAAGCACCUGGCUGCAUGGAGGCAGGAGGGGAAGCAGUGUGUGGUCCAGACGACCAACUGGUCCCAGUGCUCGCGCAGCUGUGGCAUGGGCGUCUCCUCGAGGGUCACCAACAACAAUGCCCAGUGUAAGCUGGUCAAGGAGACCCGCCUGUGCAACAUUCGACCAUGCAGCUCCAUGUCCGUCCCCAUUAAGAAGGGGCGGAAGUGCUCACGUACCCAGAAGGCCCCGGAGCCCCUGCGUCUGCACUACGCCGGCUGUCGGAGCGUCCGCCUCUACCGGCCCAACUACUGCGGCGUGUGCCUGGACGGACGCUGCUGCUCGCCGCGUCGCACGCGCACCGCCGCUGUACGCUUCUCCUGCCCGGACGGUGAGCGCUUUGAGCGGUCCGUUAUGUUCGUGCAGUCGUGCAAGUGCAGUGACGAGUGCAGUCACCUCAACGAGGCCGCCCUGCCGCCCCAGCGCUGGCUCUACGGCGACACACACAAGUUCAUCGACUAGUUCUGCACCUUCAAUUUUUUUAACCUCUCUCUAUCUCUGUCUCUCUCUAUCGCCCCUUCCUUACCCAGCCAACCUCCCCACACCCUGAUAGAGUAGCGGUUCCAAGUGUACUUCCCAAGUAGAUGCUAGCCUGAGGCUCAGACUGGCCUCAACUCCUAAGGGUGUCUGAUCCACAGGAGGAAAGGGAGAGUUCCGUUUUUUUCCGAGUUUCAAAUCCGAUCCUCCCUUUUGCUCAGAUCUAGUGGAUUAGUGCUGGCCUUAGAUUAGACGCCCGUGUCCAACGCGGUUUGAUAGGGAUCACCACGAGAGCCCCGCGUGUAUAUAGCUAGCCGUGGAUUCUGCGAGCCGCCAUUUUUUUUUUAUCUCCCUACAUAAAAAAAAAAAACAAGCAGUGGCAAUGCGCUCUGUGACUGAAGUGACAUGGACGGGGAAAACGAUGUGAUUUGGCAGCAAAGACGUGGCGAAAAAUCCAGAUUCUCAGAGGAACUCGCAAACAGCUGCCGCAAAAAGGCCCCAGUGGGCUGGUGGAGUAAAAGAUUGGGGUUAGCUUUUCAUGCUGAAUGUGAGCAGGCGCUAAACCCUUCAAUGGCAACGAGUAUUUUCAUCCAGACAGAGUGGGGAAGAGGAAGGAUGCACAGGCUGACUGUGUGAGACUUGUCUUCCAAAGGAGACGAGGGACUUUAAACAUGGACCGAGACAGCCAAGGGGAAACCAAGAUGGAAGAGGAGGCAUCCUCCCUUUUUUUUCCGAGGAAGUCUUCUUUUGCCUCUUAUUUAUGCUAGGCUAUUUAUUGUUUUGACAGAUGAAAUGACAAGCCUUUAAAAAAAAAAGAUGAUGAGCCUCUGGUUGGGAAACAGUUGACUGUGAAGGAGUGUAAGAACAUUGUUUGACCAGUAGCCCUCUAGUGUUUCCUCAAGAGUGGUAGGACAUGGGCCAGCCACCGAUGAAAGAGUAUCUCAUGCUCAACAACUGGACUGAACCGUCUCCUCUUUCGGAGAGAUUUGUCUGAGGCAAAGCUCCAAAGCCUAAAGAUACCUUCACCUUCAACCCCAUCCAUUUUGUAUCCCAACAAUGGUGCACUUGGUCUAGAGAGACUUAUGACAAGCGCCUAAAGACCAUCUUGUGGAGUCUUGGCACCAAAACGUCAACUUGGUAACUCCGACAAAUUACAAUGCUGAAAUUUUGGGGGUAGUGAGGAGCCCGGCAACCCUCUGGUUUGCUGUAAAAAUACAUUUUAAAACACCAGCAUCAGACAUAAACAUGUAAUUUGGGACUAGCGGGUGGGACUUUUCUGGAUUCGAUCUGGCCUCUAAUCUUGCAACUGAUGCAAAAAAUCAAGAGACCUAAACUCUUGUUUGAGUUGCUGCGUGCCUCUUGUGGUCUCCAUGUCUGCCAUUUGGCAGUGUUAGAUGAGAUGUUGAGUGUGACAUCAUUCUCAUUAAAACCAUGGGAGCCAAGAGGCAACAAAAUGUGGGUUUGAGCCUGGAAUUCGGGAUAUCUCCAACGACCUCAAAACACCCCCACUCCCCAAAUGACUAGCUUUGAUUUUAGCCAUUAGCAGGCAUUUGCAGUGCGCACUGGUAUUAAUCUGUUAGCUGUAUGGUGCAACAAUAAGAAAAGCAUCCACUUAAUUUACACACGAUGAGUUUAGCAUUCAUGCAGCAUGGCCCUUUUGAAGACUUGGGUCAAGCUUUAGGACAGAAAGGAGACUUACAGAUGUUCAUGCACCUUACCUGACUUGUGUCUGACCACAGCUGGCUUUAUGUGCCACAGGAAUAAGAGUUGGCAGCAUUUUUCAAUUAAAUAUAUAUUUGUUACAAUGUGCAGUGUUGUUCAGAUAUAAAGAAGCAAACCAUUAUGUUAUAAGGACAGAAGUUGCAGCUAUAUUUAACCAAAUGUUUUCGGAGUUAUUUUGGCAGUUGUGCUUUUUUCUGUUUAUGUGGGUCUAAUGAUUUCUAAAUAAAGAAAAAAGGUUUAA